CGCUGCUUGUGGCCUGAUGAUGAUUGAGAUUGACUUCUGGAAGGUCCCUCCCCUAAACUAUGGCAGCAAACAAUAUCCAAACUCGGUUUAACUAACAUGCAUCGGUUCUGCAGUAACUUGCCAAGGGAGCCCGUUCCAACUGGACUCGGGGUGACUGGGCAAAUGACGGUGCUGGAUUAUUGUGAAACCGCUGGGUCGAUUUUUUUUCCUUUCUGGCGGCGGGUCCACGGUGGGGUUGAGCCCGGGGUUGCUGUUACGUAGGAGGAAUUGCGACAGAGUUGGCCGGCAUUGAACGAUGGGAUCAUGGGACUGCUUCUGCGGCGGGUCCUCUGCGUCUCUCACUCGCUUUUUGGGUUUGUUGACUCUGUACUCGAUCUGGACGGCAAGCUGUCGAAAGUGUAUAUAUAGAGGCGGUGGGAUCGGCCGUCGACGUGUUUGAAAUCACAAGCAUCAUUUCUCGCUAACGUUGUACAUAUACAUAUGCACAUACAAACAAAACCGCAGUCACUCUCAUCCCUUUGAAUCCAGCUCAUAGUUUGACCGCACUUUUCUACCUACCUAUUCCAAUAUAACAGUCCUCCAUAAUCCUCGAUUAUCCGUGGCAAGAGACAGCAACAACAAAUCUCUCCACCAAUCCUCCUCGCACAUCUCCCCGCAAACACCUCCGUAUACACCAACAAACACCAUACCCAAAAUGGCCAGAAUAGAACGCUCCGUCGAACCCUCCAACCAACCAAUCCCCAUCAUGCUCCGCAUCAAUGCCCUCAGCUCAACACCAAUCCUCCUCGACUCAAACGCUACAUAUCCCAGCCUCCUCAACCAGAUCCAAAAGGAGGUCUACACCAGAGCACCCGAAAUUGCCGACGGAUAUGCCUUCGACGGUCUGUACGUUGAAUGGGAUCGGAGCUCUGGCACCGGCCUGACAUUCCCGCCCAGCUCGUCGUUGGACAGAGAUAAUCUAGCCGCAACACUCGCCCUGCUGAGGACCAGGCUGGGCCGCGAUGUAAUCUGCCUGAAGGUCAGGGUGGCCAGUCCGGACGUGAAGCUGCAGCUUGCUUGAUUGGUUCUCGCUUUUUUUUUUUUUUUUUUUGCAUUGUGUCCUGCCGAUUGGAGCGGUCUUGUUUUGUUUCUCCAUCGGUUUCAUUUGAAUGUUGGAGUUCAAUUUUUUGAAAAGGUAAAAAAAAAAGGAGAAAAGUCGGAAAAGGAUAUUUAGCCUUACUCCAGCAGUACGGAGUAUUUGACGAAUUCAGUUUCGACUACGGAGUACGGAGUACCCACUUUUACUUUUAUUAUCUCCCGCAACGUCACGAUAACUGUUUGUCGAUUCGCGGAAAGCGUCAUUUUGGAGGAAUGAUGAUGGACAGGACGGGGUAUUUAGGGGAAUUGAUGUUUUAUGAGCGCAAUAUUUAAUACCUUUUAAUCAAUCUCUUUUCGAUGCGGC